UGAUAAGCCUUGUAUUGUCCUGAUCUAGAAGUUAGAUAAGGACGUAAGAUGGCGGACUACCAAACCUCUCCCUGGUUCUCCACACUGGUCGUACUAACUUGUGUGCACACAUUCUCGUUUGUAGCGGUGACCAUUGUCCAGUUCAGCAAUCUCCGUGAGGUUGACAUUCUGGACAGCGCGUUAAAAACAGGACUUCAGGACUUAUACAGCCAAGCCGAGGAGGAUACAGGCGUCAAAAGUAGAGUGAAAAGAGCUUCAGGAUUCAUUGCUGAUAUUCUCGCUGCACAGGCCCAGGUCCUCGAGGAACACUGUGUACAUCACAAUACAAGUUGUCCAAAUGGAACCCCGGGUGGAAAAGGCGUUGAUGGCGAACAAGGUCAACAAGGCCCCAAAGGAAACAGGGGGCCAGACGGAUUGCAGGGACAGUCUGGUCAAGGAGGGCCAAAAGGAGACCCAGGUCAGCAGGGGCCAAAGGGCAUGAGGGGAGACUCUGGGUUACAAGGUGAUAUCGGACCUCCAGGAUUGAAGGGGGCAAAGGGUCAGACAGGUCAACCCGGGGAUAAGGGUCAAAGAGGGAUUCAAGGCAAUAGUGGACACGCCGGAAGUGUAGGUGUAUCCGGGGCGAAGGGAACACAUGGUGAUCGUGGUGAAACAGGAACCAUGGGAGAAAAAGGACAGGCUGGAGUUACGGGCCCUGCUGGUGACAAGGGAGCACCAGGAGUACAAGGUUCCGCCGGAACUGACUCGAGGAUGCUGUCGGACGGAUGUGCCUGUAUACCUCAAACCCCACCAACUGUCAUCCCGAGGUACAGGAAGCGGUUCACCAUUACAUGAUGUCGAUGCCAGUUUUGAAUAUUAAAACAGAAAACAAUGAAUUUGUUACACUUUGUUCAACUUAUCUACUGUGUAUUUGUUCCAUAAUUACUGUUAUAAUAUGACUGGUGCUAAUUCCUAGCCCUGAUUGGAGGAGCGACGCCAUGUGACGAGUGUGUAAAUAUGU